AUGCUCCUCACGCAGUGCGCCGCCUGUGCUACCGAGCUCGGCUUGUCAUCGGGGAAGAAAUGCGGCCGCUGAAUGCCAGGUGCAGCACUGGAAAGAAGGCGGGCAUGACCAGCUCUGCAAGAAAAUAAAAAAAGCAGGCGGCGCCGAGCAGUACAAUGCAAAUCAAAAGUACACGGCGGCCGUAGCGGUCGCGGCGGAGGCGUGUGCCGAGGACACGAAGGGCCAGACGUGCUACAUCUGCACGCAGGCUCUCCAUUGGAAAACAAAGGAGGGCCUCGUGCGCAUGUGCUCGUGCCGCGGGACGGCGGGCUUUGCGCACGUGUCGUGCCUGGCGGAGCAGGUGAAGAUUUUGUUCGAGGAGGCCGAGGAGAAUAAUUUGGACUUAGAACCAAGUUGGAGGCGAUGGAACACGUGCAGCCUAUGCGAGCAAUCCUACCAUGGAGUCGUGAAGCACGCGCUCGGGUGGGCGUGUUGGAAAACGUAUGUGGGGCGGCCGGAGGCGGACUGGACUCGGAGGAGCGCGAUGAGGCAGGUCGCGAACGGGCUAUCCGCUGCAGGACACCACGAGGACGCGUUGACUGUGGAAGAGGCCCAGUUGUCUAUGCUGCGGCGCAUUGGCGCAUCAGAAUACAACAUUCUCGGCGUGCAGAACAAUCUCGCGGCCUCGUAUGCUCAGCUUGGACGGCACGAUGAGGCAUCGCGGAUACAAGGAGACGUAUAUCAUGUGCAUGUGAAGCUCAAUGGCGAGGAACAUAUAGGAACCCUCCUAGCAGCCCUCGACUACGCGACGACCCUUAUUACUUUGGAUCGCUGCCAAGAAGUCAAGUCGGUGCUGCGCAAGACGAUGCCCGUGGCGCGACGCGUUCUCGGUGAGAAUCAUGAACACACGCUCAAGCUGAGGGCGCUUUACGCGAGGGCACUCCACGAGGACACCUGUGCCAUGCUCGGCCGUGGCGAUGUUCGAGGAUUUGGCACCGACCACGCGGCGCGUGCUCGGCGGCACGCAUCCGGUCGCGAUGACGAUUGAGGCGUCCCUGCGAUAUGGUCAAACCGUGCUCGUCGCCCGCGAAGGCGACGACGUGAGCGCCCUCUGCGACGCGGUCGACGCGCUAAACACCUAA